AUGCACGAUGGUGGAGAGGAACAGAAAUAUUUGCCCCUGCUAGCGUGCAACAGGCGAGCAUCAAGGUGGCAGGCUGCGGUGCAAGCGAUCGAAUCGAGUAGCCAAUCAGGGCGACCUGGGGAGGAGGCGCGCUCGGUCAGGAGUGUCUGGCCGGACGCCAUUCUCCGUCCAAGGCAUGCCGGUGGGUUGCUGGGCGGCCCAUGUACUCCGCAAUUCUUGGAUACCGUCGUACCGACUCGUCGUCUUUCUGGAACUCCACUCAUGGCCGACGGGUCCAGGCGUGAGGCUCGAGGCAGGCGGGAAUGCACCAGAGGUCGGCAAGUCGCCGACUUGUUAGAAAGGUGGCCAACGAGAGGGACGGCUGAGGCGUGGCGUCUUGGUUUAUUAUUCUUUUGUGAGGCCGGAGGGGGCGUCUACAGUGGAUGUGGUGGAGAUGUGGCCGUGAUGGUGUUGAUGGCUGGCAAACUGCUUGACCGGAUGCAUUUCUUGUUGUUUGUGGAUGGUGAUGCGGAUGGCGAACUGGCUGGCGAUGUGACUGGAUGGUUGGGCGAAUAUGCACGGCGGGCCACACGGCCCCACCGGCUCGCAGUUCGUUUGCAAGGCAAGACAAACUGCCCAGUAAUCUGGGAGCAAGUCGGUGACCCACCCAAGCCUGGCCUGUGCAGCCUUAUCUCGAAAGUUUUUUGCAAUGGAAUUGAUGAAAACUCUGCCAGCAGCGCCAACCUGGACGGCACGACGGGACCGCUGGAGCAGAUCUUGUCGCAAAUCGAGACUGACCCAAUGUCGGCCAAUUUUUCCCCAUGGGAUGCGCGUCGGAUGGAGAAGAGGAGUAGCCACGACAUCAAAGUAUUAUCAGCAACAGGGGGCACCGUAGGCCAAGCCGCUCUCAGGCUAGCGUCACCAGUUGACCAAACCAAGGCGGUGGUGGGCUUUUCUCGUGUUGCGCGCAUGGUAAUACAAACUAUCUGGGGAACAACUGCCGCCGGUUCUCGCAUCUCACGCUCGACAGGAUAUCCCAGGACGCUCUUGCAAGGUGCCAUGUACCGCCAAUUGGCUAGUCCACUCGGUGUUGCAGUCGACAGAAUAGAUGGGUUGAUGGAUCCCCACCGGUGCCGGAGCCGGUGGCAGCCCGGCGCGGCGGCGAGCACGACAAGAGUUGAAGGGGAAACAGGGGGAACAAGGCUAAAAAGGCAAUUCAUCUUUAGGUUCAUUAAGAAGGUGUGCCGUUGCAGUGCCGUUCCUGUACUAGAGUCACGUUUUGAAUGCUGGGCAAAAGUCAAAGUCGUCCCUUGUAGGAGCCGGCAGCGGCGGACGGGAAGGUUGUGUGACGGCAAUUGGGGCCUAGACUGUCCGGAGAUGACCAUCAAGACAGGACUGGCAAGCUGUGUUGUGUUCUUCUUCGCAACCAUCUCGGAUCCGGGGUCCAGAUCCCCAGGCCGAAAGACGUCUAGACUUGUCCGGUUGUUGCGGGCAUUGAAGGAGUCUGGCAUACGCCAUGAUACGCCAUGGCAAAGCCCGAGUCUGUCAUCAGAUGUCGUUGUCCGAAGUAUGGCCCCGACGCUUGAUUCCUGGGCCAAGCAACCAAGGCAUGGCGUGUCCCUUUAUUUUGCCACCGUGCAGGGUCCUACUUGCAUUGGUUGGGGAUGGCGCGGUUUUGGUGUUUUGGUCAUGCGGCCGCUACGGGAGGCGGGCACUGGUGCUGGCCGGACGGGCGCGGUGGGUGGGUGGCGAGGCAAUGGCAAUGGCAAGGCUCCCCCUGCAACCACUAAAACUCCCCCAGAUGUUGGAACCAUGGAACCACUGAACCAGUUCUCGCCUAGCGUCCUUCAGCGCUCUCUCACCCAAAACAUCAAAAACACGCCUCCCCCACCCCUUUGGUUUGGUUUCUCGGGUCUGUUUUUCUUCUUCGUCGUCUUCGUCGCCAGAUCCUUCUCGACCCGCUCGUCGCUUCCAGCCUCGCUCGCCUCACGGUACUGCCGCUGCACAUUUUGCCUUGUCGCCUGCGACUCGACCAACACCAUCAACCUUCUCUCUUCCGUAUACCCUCUACGACCGCCUCCCCGUCGUCUUCUUCUCUACGUCUCUAUAAUUCCUUUUUGCAUCCAAGAGCGUGCCUUGAUUGCUAGUUUGGUUGCUGGAAUAUUGCCCAAACUUUGUUUCAUGACCAGCCACUGCUAUCAUCGGCACAUCCGAUCUCUCCGACUCGAAUACCGCCCGCAAAUCCUCCCUCCCUCGCCUCCAACCACGCGAGUCGAGUGUCUCGCGAGAGGGCGCUGCCCGUCUUUGGCAAUGCCUUAUACGCCGCCUUCUCGGUCGCCCGCGUCUUCGGUAUCCGUCUCGCCAGACGUCAGCCGACGCUCCUCUAUUCAAAAUGGCUCUCGUCCCUCCCUCCCGCACUCGGCCUCGUAUCUAAACAAGCACCGCCGUACUCCCUCCAUCACAACCGCCCGCCCCGACCAACCAACAGCAACAGCCGUCCACCCUCCCCCGAACCCGAGCUUGCGCCAGUCUCCUCCCCCUGUCACAGAUGUCCGUCCCAUUCCGGCCGGCGCCAUCAUCUCCCCUCCCGAGUCUGCCUCUGGUAGUGACGACGAGUUCAAGGCAGCAUCUGAAGACAGCUUGAAGAACCUUCGGGAGGCUGUUAGCCAAAUAUCGCAAGGCACGCCUGGAUCUUCGGAUGAGAACCUGGCCGAUGCCUUCCAAAAUGUCCCGGCCAAAUCGCCGCUGCGCAUCAAUCUCAGCAACACAGCUCUUUCACCAUAUCCCGCCAGCUCCAGCCACUCUAGCCACAAGACCAGUCACAGCCGCUCGGCCACUGAGCCUCGUGCUGGUUUUUCUACAUCGGCUGAAACCUCGGCCACAAUCUCGUCCGAGUCUGAACAGGAUCUCCGCUACAAGCCACAAAUGGUCAGAAAAAAAUCGGGUGAGCUCGUUCGGCCUGCCCUACGCGGUUCCUCUCGCCGGCGUCCCUUGAGCAUGCCCGGCACUCCAGUCUUUUCCAAGGCGGUCCAUUUCGACUCGCACCUCGAGCAUGUCCGCCAUUUUCUGCAGGUUGACCGGCCUCUGGCUGUUAGUGCUGGCUCGUCUCCGGUCGAAGCCUAUGAGAGCGACAACGAGUACCCCUUUCCCGGCGGUCCCAAGACGCGGACUCCUCCUUUUGAGUGGGAGCUCGCCACCACCAAUUUUCCUCACGACAACAAUCCGAUCCGCCUUGCCUUGCCUGCUCGCCUGGAAAAGGUUUGGCUGUCCAAGGACCAAAAGUCUCUACAGGUAUCCAUCAACGUUGCCAACCUCGCCUUCCAGAAGCUCAUUACUUGCCGCUUCACGCUGGAUGGGUGGAAGACGACUUCAGAAGUGACGGGCGAUUAUACCUGCCCCAUUGACGCCCGCGAGGGCGCUGUCGGCCACGACCGCUUUACCGUAUCUAUUCAGCUGGCUGACACCGCCAACCUAGAGUGCAAGACACUCUUCUUCUGUAUCCGCUACUCUGUCAACGGCCAAGAGCACUGGGACAACAACAGCGGCUCCAACUUCCAGGUGGAUUUCCACAAGAAAUUUCUGCCGCAGCGUGGCAAGGUCCAGUUUAACGGAAUGAACAAGGCCCCUGGCAAUCUACCACGCAGCAAUCGUCGACAGAGCCAUGCGACUAGCCCCCGACCGCUGUCGAUGCCUACGUCGCUUGACGACUUUGCCGACGAGACGGGCUUCCGAUUCGACCAACCUCUGCACGAGUAUCUUGGCGAAUGCGGUGCCGGCCUCCGCCUCAAGUCCAGGUCCUUCACCAAUCUUGCUAGCGAUAACAUGAUCAAAUCGCUUACCGCUCCCAGCGGGGCCGCUUUUGCUAACCGCUACGACUUUGGCGCUUCGUUAGACGCUGUCAAAUCUCGCAAAGACUCGUCGCCCAAGGAGGCCGACACGUUGUACAUGAAGAGCAACACCAAGGGCGCGCUGCCCACCAACUUUGGCACGCCACAAAAGGUGGUGAUUGCGGCCCCUGGCACAGCGAUAGCCAGCUCCUCGUACGAGGAGCUGGUCAACAAAUACUGCUUCUUUGGCGUCAAGUCAUCGCCGCAGGAGACGCCGCUGCGACCCAAGGUUGACACGACCGACGCCAAGAUACUUGAAAACUACGAAGUAUCGCCACCUACUUCCCCUAGGAAGGAGGGCGCCCCCACCGUGAACACGGUUGAGUAUGCCACGUCCAAACCUGUGAUGCGGUCCAUGUCUCCCAGCUUUACGCCCGUCACGGGCACAUCGCCGGCCGACGUGGCUCUCCACACGCAGCAGACGCCCGAUAUAUUUGUCCCGGCGACUGCGAUUCGGGGAUAG